AUGUCCACCGUGAACAAAGCACCCCCCAAGCUAGGCUCUAAGGCCGGAACCCCCGCCAAAGCCCGCAAAGCCUCCGGUUCCAGCGCAGCCAGCAAGCCCAGCACAACGAGCAAGACCGCAAAGAAAGCCACCCCCCGCAAACUCUCCCAGAAAGCCCCCGAACCACUCGACGACGAUAUCGAAGAGCAAUCCGUCCCCGAAACACCCUCCCCGAAAUCAAAGAAGCGCGAACAGCGUCGCCCCGUCUCCCCCGAUGCCUCACAGGCGCCUUCCGCCUCUGGCUCCGCAGCUCCACUCGGCCGUGCUGCCUCCGGCAUCUCCGACAAGGCUAAGAGCGUCGCUAGCAAGACAAAGGAGACUGUGCAGGAAGGUUCCGUCCAGAAUGGGAAGAACAACCUCCCCGUGCCGUUCGACCUUUCCGCAUUGAAGGGUCUUGAGGUCGCCGAGGGCGGUGACAUCCUCGGACAAGAUGGAAACCCUAUUGGCAAGGUCGUGGAAGGCGAUGCGGAGGAUCUCGUCGGACAGACUGUCGGCGAUGACGGGGAGAUUGUCGACGAAGACGGUGAUCUGAUUGGUCGUGUUGAUAUCCUACACGAAGUCGCCGAUCAGGCUAAGCACGCCGCCGAGGAUGCUCAGAACGGAGAUGUUGAUCUGGAUAACGUUGUUACGGAUCUCGCGCAGCUUGACGGUCUUCCUGUUUCUGAUGGUGGUGUUAUUAAGAACGCUGCUGGUCAGAUCGUCGGCCGUAUUGUUGAGGGUGACCCAGAAGAUCUUAUUGGGUAUACCCUCAAUGAGGAUGGUGAGAUCGUCGAUGAAGACGGUGAUGCCAUUGGCCGUGUUGAUUUGGUUCCUGUCGAGGAGCAGAAGAAGGCUAUUGAAGGUGCUGGUGAUGCUGCUUCUAAGGGUGAAGACAAGGAGGAUCUUGAGGAUCAAUACGAAGAUGCUCAGGAUGGCGUUUCUACCCAGCGAGCUAAGAGCACCGUUGAUGGUGCGGCUGAUAAGGAGGAGGAUGUUUCCGAUGUCGAAGGAACUGUCGACAAGGCCAAGUCGACUGCUGAAGAUGCUGCCUCCGAGGCCGAGGACGAUACCGAUGCUGUGGACGACGCUGUCGACAAUGCUAAGUCCACCGCCGAUGAUGGCAAGAGCAAGAUUGACCUCGAAGACAAUGUCGAAGAUGCCAAGUCUACCGCUGAAGAUGCCGCCUCCGACGCCGAAGACGCUACUGAUGCCGCCGACGGUGAUGUGGACGACGCCAAGGCCACCGCCGAAGACACCACCGAAGAGGCCAAGGACACCGCCGAAGACGCGGCCGAAGACGCCGAGGAGACUGCCGAGGAUGCCGCCUCCGAUAUCGAGGCACGGAUUCCCGACAUUAAGACCCUCGAAGGCAUGACCUGCAACAAGCGCGGCUACAUCAUCGACCAAGCGACCGGAAAGCCCGUCGGCGAACUCACCGAAGGCGAUCCCAAGAAACUAUCCAAGCUCGGCGCAACACUUGACGACAAAGGCCAGUUCUGGGACAACCGCGGCAACGUGAUCGGCAAAGCCAAGGCACUCCCAGUGGAGGAGGACGAAGAAGAAGGCCCCUUCUCUGGUCUUGAAGGCCUUGUCGUCAACGAAGACGGCUUCAUCGAAGACGAGAACUCCAACCGCGUGGGUCGUCUCAUUGAAGGCGACGCGAAGAAACUGAGCGGUCGUGGCGUUGACGAGGAUGGCGAGAUCCUCGACCGAAAGGGUAAUGUCAUUGGACGUGCUGAGCGUCUCGAGCCCGAGGAGGAAGAGCCGGAGGAGGAGGAGGCUGGACCUGAUUUCUCUGCUGUCAAUAGUCUCACCUGCAACAAGGCUGGGUAUGUCAUCGGACCUGAUGGAUACCCCAUUGCUCGUGUUGUCGAGGGCAACCCUAAGGAACUUGCUGGUAAGAAGAUCGAGGACGGCGAGAUCUACGACGGGAAGAAGGUUGUUGGUCGUGUCGAGCUGAUUCCUGAGGAUGAGCUUGAGAGCAAACCUGAGGGUCCCUUCGCUGGCAUGGAGAGCCUGUUUGUCACCAAGGAUGGAUUCGUCGAGGAUGAUGAAGGAUCCAUUGUUGGUAAGCUUGUUGAAGGUGAUGCCAAGAAGCUGCGUGGUCGCGCUGUCGACGAGGAUGGCGAGAUCACAGACAAGUACGGCAAUGUCAAGGGCCGUGCUGAGCCUUACGAGCCUCCCCAGGAGGAGGAACCUGCCGAGGAGGACCUGUCUAUCCUCGAGGGCAAGGUCGUUAACAAGGCUGGCAACGUUGUUGACCCCGCCACUGGUGCUGUCGUCGGACGCAUUGUUGAAGGUGACAAGCGUCUCGCUGGAUGCAAGGUCGACGGCAAGGGCCAGAUCUGGGGUGACAACGGCAAGGUUGUUGGUCGCGCCGAGCUCAUCCCCGGCGCCGAGCAACACAAGGCCGAAGGACCAUUCUACGGCUUUGACAACGCUGUCGUCGGCAAGGAUGGAGUCGUGCAAGACGGCGACAAGAUUAUCGGACGUCUGAUCGAAGGCGACGCCAAGCGCCUUCUCGGCCGCAAGGUCGACGAAGACGGUGAUGUCUCCGACAAGAACGGCAACACUAUCGGCAAGGCCGAGCGCUGGGAGCCCGAAGAGAAGAAGCGCGACGUCAACCCCAUGUCUGGACGCAAGGUCAAUAAGGAGGGCGAAGUCCGCGAUGCGGACGGCAACCUCAUUGGCAAGCUGACAUCGGGUAACCUCGCCACUCUGGCCGGCAAGUCCAUCGACGACAACGGUUAUGUUGUUGACAACGACGGCAACAAGAUUGGCGAAUGCACCUUGCUCGAGAACAUUCCCGAGCCUGAGCCCGAAGAGCCCGAGGAGGAGGAAGAGGAGGGACCCACGGCCGAAGAGCAGGAGGCUGCGGCAAAGGCCGAAUCCGACCGCCAACUCGCGCAGAAGAUGAUCUCCAUCCUCGGCCAGACUCUCGACAACGUCAAGCCUAUUUGCAAGCAGAUCACCGAUGCCUGCGACAAAGCCGAUCGCACGCCCAAGGAUGAGCUUGACGAGGAGAAACUUGUUCAAACUGUCAAGCCGCUCCUUGAAGAAGGUGGUCGCAUUCUGCAAGAGUGCAAUGGUGCCAUCCGUGGACUUGAUCCCGAUGGACGUAUUGCUGCCACGGCUAAGGCCCGCGCUGCUGCUCGCGAUGCUACUCCUGAGGAGUAUCAGCUUGCCGACAUGAUCAAGGAGCUCACUGAGACUGUCGUCAAGUGUAUUGACAACGGCAAGAGACGUAUCGCUGACAUGCCUCAUGCCAAGAAGAAGUUGAACCCCCUCUGGGGUCUGCUCUCUGAGCCUCUGUUCCAGAUCAUCGCUGCCGUUGGCUUGUUGCUUACCGGUGUGCUUGGACUGGUUGGCCGUCUGCUUGAUGGUCUUGGUCUUGGUGGAUUGUUGAAUGGUCUUCUUGGUAGUCUUGGAUUGGAUAAGUUGAUCAAUGGACUUGGUCUGGGCGGUUUGACUGACGCUCUUGGACUUGGAAAGAAAUGA